AUGCGCGGAUACACCUGCCUAGACACCAAAAGCCCCCGCUCGUUCCUCUUCGCCGUCGUCGCCAAUGUCGGCCCCCAAGGCACCAGCCGCUCCCUGACCGUAGCCUACCGCCAGGGCUGCGACAGCAGCACCUCACCAACAGCACGCGUGGAGCAGGUCGUGGCAGACACCCUGGCAUUGAUCGAAGUCCUUUCAGACCCCGCGAACAGGGCGCCACUCGAGGCGGAAAGGGCGCUCGCGGAGGUCUGGUAUCGUCGUCAGUCUCUGUCCCAGCAAGGCGACGAGGUUAAGAGUAGCGAGCGGCCCAUCGUCCCAGGCACGCCGCAGCCUCCUUUCGUUGUACCUGAUGGUCGCCACCGGGGGCAGCAGGUGGAAUCACGGCCCGAGCUGCCAUGGCGCGAUGAUGCGCCCUGCGAGUUCCCUUUUACAGCGACAUGUUGUUUGCUGGGAUUGCUGAAAAAUGAUAGCACGCGCCCUGGCGAUGUCCAGCUGCAGUCGCUAUCUACUAUUUUCCGCGGUGACUGUGCCGAGUAUGGCCUUGUUGUUCUGGACAUAUCGGACCUUGACGCGGUCAAGUAUGGUAUUGUUGCCUUCCCCGUGCGCUAUAUGGCGGAGGUUUCCUACCGCGGCGAAGACUUUGGCUGGGAUCCUGUUGAGGACCGUCCGCCUGAGAAAGAGCCUGAUAUUGUGCCUAUUAGCCCGCGGCCUCGAAAGCCGUUGUCUGUUAUUCAAUGGCUGCGCAGGUACCUUACCCACAUAAGUUUCGAAAAGGACCCGAGCGUUCUCAGGCUAGAUGAUAAGCCGGUUGUUGGUGAUGCAGCAUUAGACUACAUUUGGCCGCCGGAGCGUGAAGAGACUGGAGAAGAUCAGGAUAAGGCAUCUUCGCAAGGCAUCCUCUCAAGCAUCUCCGACUACCUUUGGCCUUCAAAGCCCACUACUUCUGUCGAAGAUACAUCAAACUCGUUGACCACCUCAAACGAAGCACCGCAAAUGCACAUUGACCGCGCCAUCGAUGGUCUGCUUACUCUCACACAGGAUCCUACGGAUAUAGACCUCGAUGGAAGCACAUUCAGUAACUUUCAAAAGCUGGCCGAGUUCCGUGACCAGCUGCGGCGGCGGCUUGAAGAGAUACCUGAUAGCCUAGGGUCAUCUAAGGUCUCAGGCUAUAUCCUGCGUAUUAUAUAUGCUAAAUAUAAACACCAUAACUGGGUUAUAUUUAGGAACCUCUCGCCUAGAGUUAUUGCCACUGCUAUUAUAUCUAACGAGCUUCAGGAUGCAUCUGCACUUAGUCUCGGUGUCGAUAACUUCGACCUAAACAACGGAGGUCUUGGUGAUUUAGCAGCAUCUCUGACAAAGGCCCCAGCCCUCAAGCAGGUCUGCAUCUUACAGAGACCAGACAGGGACAGCGAUACUGCCUCUGCUCGUUUCUUUACGCAGCUGCUGCAGGGGAGGUCAGGAGACCUGGGGUGGCUACGAGACAAAAGCAUCUAUUCAACUUGGGCAUUUUCAGCAGGCCUGCAUAGCCGAACAUCUACAUCGUCCUCGACUGAUAGUGCUGAUUUCAGUUCCGUCAUCGCCCAGGUCUUUCCCGCAGUACACAUGUUCACGUUUGUGGAUCAGCUUCCACAAUACCAGAGCAGCUACAAGUACUACGACAUGAGCAACACCCUUCUAGACGCCGAGAGUUUUUCCGUCCGGUUUCUAUCAUAUCUCCGUUCCCUGGGCUCGGGUUCUGACAAGGCCAUCCUGCAAUUCGCAUACGGGAGCUCGUCACUUACCACGGACGACGACAAAGCAGGACUACAUGUGAGCCCCAUUCCCGCCGGAUUCUUUGGCAGCGACCCACCAAGAGCCAUAGUUCGAGUCAGAGAUCUACACCCCGGGAGCUGGAUAGUCCUCGUGGAGCAAGACAGCAGUUCAAACAGCGAAAACGUCUUCCAAUACUCGUUCGUCAGAAUCCGUCCAGUCUCUGCCGGAAUUACACCUGGGCGACAGGAAAGACCUCAUAUUGAUGAUAUUGAGGUAGUAGGCGUGAUAAUGGAGUUCCUACGUGAGACUGUGCCAGGGAGCGAUAUGUCGACGCACGAGACAGAGAGUGGUAGCCGCGUUAUGGCUGAGAGUAGCGCUCGGGAAUUGCUUGAGCAGCUACUGUGA